CUUACUAGGGUUCAUUUCUCUAUCAUAAUUUACAAAGGUUUUCCGAUAACUGCUGCUGCAUACCAAAGCUAUCGAGACUAUGUCUUCGGACACAGCAACGGCGCCGCCACCGGUUGACGAAAUCUCCGCCCUAGUCUUGAAAGAUUCAAAGGAAGCAACUUUCUCACAGCGUGUUUUGAUCAAGACCAUCGUCAGUCGUGACGACGGUGGCGCUGGCUUAGCUGGUGAGGUUGUUCGUGUUGGGGGAUGGGUUAAAACUGGUCGUGAACAAGGGAAAGGUUCAUUUGCUUUCCUUGAACUUAACGAUGGUUCUUGUCCUGCUAAUCUUCAAGUCAUCGUUGACGCUGCCGUCGCUCCUUUAGCACAGCUUGUGCAAACGGGGACUUGUGUUCAUGUUGAAGGUGAGAUCAAGUUGCCGCCUGAAGGAACGAAGCAGAAGAUUGAACUUCGUGUUCGUAAGGUUCUAGAUAUUGGUCCUGUGGAUCCGGCUAAAUACCCAUUGCCUAAAACAAAACUUACCCUUGAAUUUCUCAGAGAUUUUAUGCAUCUUCGAUCUAGAACCAACACGAUUUCUGCAGUUGCUCGUAUCCGCAAUGCGCUUGCUUUUGCAACCCAUACGUUUUUCCAGAAGCAUAACUUCCUGUAUGUUCAUACGCCAAUCAUAACCACAAGUGAUUGUGAGGGUGCUGGUGAAAUGUUUCAAGUCACAACCUUGAUUAACGAGUCGGAGAGGAUUGAGAAGGAAUUGAUUACCAAUCCUCCUCCAUCUGAGGCUGAUGUUGAAGCUGCUAAGCUUAUUGUCAAGGAGAAAGGAGAGGCUGUUGCUCAGUUGAAAUCUGCUAAAGCCAGCAAAGUUGAAAUAACUGCAGCUGUAGCUGAAUUGUCGAAAUCCAAAGAAAAUCUAGCCAAGAUAGAGGAGAGGAGUAAACUGAAACCUGGACUACCUAAAAAAGAUGGAAAGAUUGAUUAUUCUCAGGAUUUCUUUGCAAGGCAGGCGUUUUUAACUGUUUCUGGACAGCUUCAAGUUGAAACUUACGCUUGUGCUCUAAGUAGUGUUUACACUUUUGGGCCAACUUUUCGAGCUGAAAACUCGCAUACAACAAGGCAUCUGGCUGAGUUUUGGAUGGUUGAACCGGAAAUUGCAUUUGCAGAUAUCCAGGAUGAUAUGAAUUGUGCAGAGGCAUAUGUGAAGUUCAUGUGCCAGUGGUUGCUUGACAACUGUUUUGAUGAUAUGGAGUUUAUGGUGAAAACUUUUGACAAGGCUGCAAUUGAUCGUCUUCGUUUGGUUGCUUCGUCGAAUUUCAAACGAAUAACAUAUACUGAAGCAAUCGCCAUUUUGGAGGAAGCAAUUGCAAAGGAAAAUAAGCAGUUUGAAAAUGCAGUAGAAUGGGGAAUUGAUUUGGCUUCUGAACAUGAAAGGUUCUUGACAGAUGUGAAAUUCAAGUCACCAGUUAUUGUAUACAAUUACCCAAAGGGGAUUAAAGCGUUUUACAUGAAGGUCAAUCCUGAUAACAAAACGGUAGCUGCCAUGGAUGUAUUGGUACCAAAGGUAGGAGAGCUGAUUGGUGGAAGCCAAAGGGAAGAGCGAUAUGAGGUUCUUAAAGAAAGAAUAUUGGAGAUGGGUCUACCGAUUGAGCCAUACGAGUGGUAUCUUGAUUUGAGGCGGUUUGGAAGUGUGAAACACAGUGGAUUCGGUUUGGGAUUUGAGAGAAUGAUUCUGUUUGCAACUGGAAUCGAUAACAUUAGGGAUGUUAUUCCAUUCCCGAGAUACCCGGGAAGAGCUGAUCUUUAAGAAAGAAAUAACAACACAAUGGUGAUUAUUCUGUUUACCUCUUUUGAUACAUAGCACAUUUGAAUACUUUACAUUGGUUUGUUUGGUUUGGCUUGUGAUUCUAGUAACUAUUUUCAUGUUAUUAUUUAUUACCUCUUUUUCCCUUCAACAAUUCAACAGUUGAAAGAAGACAAGUUUUAUUUAAUCUCUUGCAAAUGUGGUGUUUUACUUC